AUGUUCGGCGCUGGCCAAGUGCUUCGGCCGGCAGAGCCGUCACUGCCGAUCUUCUCGACGCGCGAGAUCCGCUUUCGGAAGGCGCGUGACGCCAACACGCUCUUGUUCUUCAUUCCGACGCAUUCCAGUUUACUGCUGUCGCUGCUACGUCCCGUCUGCCACGCGUACGCGAAGCAAGAUCGGCGUUGCUUACGCUUACUUCAGACGGUGGCCCUAGUGCCCAGUGGCAAGUGGAAUCAGGUGGUGGGUACUGUAACCCAAGCGCUAAAACUGCCCGUGUCGCCACGGAUUAAGGGCCAAUUAGAAGAAAAGUUACGCCCGUGGGUUACAAAGUUACUGCAGGAGGGCAAAAGUCGUCCGUCCCUAUGUUUGCAACUUAAGGAAGCCGUGGCUGAUUGUUUACGUUGCUGGAUCGAUGAUCCGGUUGAAGGCUUUGUGUUACGGAAAGACCAUGUGGUUCAAGGCAUGAGAUUGGACGAUCUCGUGGCUACACCUGCAGGCGAUGGAUACUUACGCGGAUACCGUUCCGAAGACGGUUUCUGCACGGUUAUCUACCCGUGGGGAUAUGGCAUCGUGCAUAUUGACAAGGUGAAAAAAGUGGAGGUACCGGCUGAAAAGCAAUUGAAAAAGCGCCUGUUUAACGAGUUUGAUGCACUGGAACAUGAGCUACUUUACGAGCGGAUUGAGAGGCUGUUGGAGAAUGCGCCGCCACCAGCACUAGAGAAACAGGAUUCGGCGGAGAAGGAAGUUCGAGAUGUCCGUGGUGGAGCAAUAGCAGCGGGGGUUGAGCAUUUUAAAGAGCUGCUAUCGUCGUUGGAGGAAGAGCAUGUGGAUACGACAGUGCUACGUGGAGAUCUGGGUCUACUGCGCCGCGUGCAGGCUCUAGUGAACAAGGUGAAGGAAGUUCGUCGUCCACAGACACCACAAGAGCCUGAGCGGAAGCAAGUGCGGUCACAUGAAGACGUGGAUGUGUUAGUUGAAGAAGAUCAGGAAAACGUUGACCAGACGGCGCAUAUGCAAGAACAGUGUGAGGAGCCAGAGCAGUGA